ACUACGCUGACCCGAGAAUAACCCUCAAAAAACGUCCUGUAAAAACUGAAAAGAAAACAACCUCAUAUUAACAUAAUUUCGAAGCAUCUGCAUUUUUUUUUAGAUAUAUUUUUUUUCUGUUUGGCUGACGUUGUGACGGAUUUAUGGACGGUUUUGAGACUUGAAACCGAUGUGUAUGGAGAAAUGUGGUGCUACCAAAAGCCGGGCUUUGAAGCCCUUCUUCUUGCUGAGCUGCAGAGGCAACAGCAGUGCAACCAGUUCUGUGACACUCUGCUUAAAACAGAAGGUGUUUCUGUGCCAGCACACAGUUGUAUUCUCUCAGCCAUCAGUCCCCAGAUCUCCUCCUCCCUGUCCGCCAUGCCCAUGCCUCCUACAGGACAGAGCCGUCUACUUGAGUUUCACACUCUUGGCACCUGCACCUUACUCCACCUGGUUAGACUGCUGUACUCGGGACAGAUGGCUGGGGAAGGGGAGGAGGAGAGACAGGAAGCUGUUUCUGCUGCAGCCAGGUUGGGCAUUCAUGGGCUGGUGGAGGUCACAAGAGGAAGAAAUGAGGAGGAAGAAGAAGGGCAGCACCGGGAGGUCGGAGUUCAGACAGAGCCACUGACUAAUGAGGAAAAUGAGGAGGGAAGGGGCUGGUGGAGGAGAGAGGAGAGGGAUGGAGAUACCUUUCUGUGCCAAGAGAGAGUGUCAGGUAGUGUAAAAGCCACAUGGACUCUGACAGAGAAGCUGCAGGUAGACACAGCUCCCCUCUCUCAACCAGCAGCCUGCUUUGAGACUAUUGAUAUGGGUGCUCUCCAAAUGUUAGAGCAGACAAACCCCCAUCUUGUUUCUUCUCAAAUUCCCUACAUCCCAGUUUCGCUUGUCUAUCAACAAGAUGAAAACCAAAGCCAAGUGACCCCAUCUGCUGGCCACUGUUGGCCCGGAGCUACAGCUGAAGAUCUAGACGACAGGCAGUUAGAGCAGUUUCAGGGUAACGUCUCUGGAUACAUCAACUACUUCUUGAACCCUGAUAAGGAGGGAGGCUCCAGGAGGGGGCAACCACGGGGGAGGCCACGGGGGGGGCGAGCAGCAGGAACAAGAGCUGGGACGAGUGAGAGAGGCACAAGGAGACCGAGAGCAAGAACAGUAGGGAAGAGGGCAGGUAGGGGAGCUUUAAUGCAGACAGUGGACGUGCAGAGUGUUGGUGUGGGCAAGAUUCAGAAGAUGUUCCUGCAGAGGUGGAGGUUUAGGACACCCAGGUCAGGGCAGGGCGGAGGAGCCAUUGGUAGGAGGUUGUGUGUGAAGACCAGAGAGCUUCUACAGCCGACCAAGAGCUACCAGAGGAGGAGGAGAUGCGGCAAAGAGUGGGAGAAAAACCAGGUGGGAGAAGGUAGCAUGCAGCAGUCAAACCAGGACAGUCUUCCUGUCAGACCAGUUCAGAGGGCAAAACAAACAACACCAGCCUCAUUUUCUUCCCCUCCGGUGAGCUUCUACGAUGCUCAUCAUGCAUUAUCCACCCCCCUCCAUCCAUCUCCAUCACCUGGCCUAACAUCACCUCCAGCUUCCUACAUCUCUGCAGCACCUUCUCUCCUCCACACCACUUGCCUACCUCCUCCUGCUCCUGCACCCAACGAGCCUGAACAUAUUGAUCAUCUCUUGGAGGAAGUAAUGAUGGGCCUUGAUAUUUUACCAAACGACAAUGGUGACAAUUCUUCCUCCCAAAACAGAGGCAGUACCAAUGUGCCUCUGGUUGCAGGAUCCACACAGGUUGUUGGUAAAGGUGGAGGUGUGUCCAGCUCUUCGGAGCCAGUUCUGCAGCAGCAGGGAGAGGGGGAGAUAAAUGAUAUGCUUGAGAACUUCCUGCAGUCCUUUGAGCAGCAUGUUGACAGCUGCUCCACCAUGGAGGACGUGGAGCGGAGGAGUCAGAGCAGCACAAAGGCCAUCCUGAGCAAAUACAGAAAAUCCCAGAGUGAUGAAGCUGGGAUUAGGCAGAGUUGUUCACAGCUUCAUAAGUCUCCUUCCAUUCCUCAGAAACAGGCUGAGGAAAUAGCAAAACCAGUCAGAAAAAGACCAAAGAAAUGGGGAAAAAAUCAGUAUCAGUUCUCACUGGAGAAAAAACGAGUGAAGGUGAGGAAGACUGCAUCAUCAAAUGAAGAAAGAGACAAGCAGCUACAGCAGAUACCAGUGGUGAAACUGGAGAGGAGUGGCAAACUGCCAGUCAGAGUUUCCUUGCAGAGACGUGGCAGUCAUAGUCCAGGAGCUGAGAGUCCCUCACAAACAAAGAGCACUUCAUCAUCAUUGAAAUACCCACUUGGCAGCUGGAGCACAAAGGUGUACCCAAUCAGAAGCCGGUUGAGGGAGGCACGAAUCAUGGACAGUUUGCCCUUCCUUUAUGAGCCACUCACGGACCAACAGCCACCAUCAGCUGACCAGCCAGCUACCAGAGAAGGUAGGCCCAAGAUAAACAGAAAACUUUGCACUUCAUCUAAUGGUGAGAGUUCAGUGUCAUUGGCUCAGCAGCAAUCAGAGAAUGGAGAACUAGAGGAAAAGGAUGAGAGGCAGGCAGACGAGGAAGAGGGAUUAAGAAAGAUGGGAAAGAAGAGGAGAGCAGAGUCAUCAGUAGACACUGGUGACUUUGCUCCUGUUGCUAAAAAAAAUUGUUUUGACGAUGAAGAGAAUGGCCACAAGGGAAGAGGAGGUUCUGCUUCUCACAUGUCUGCAUAUUCAGCAGAAGAGGUCCAUCUGGGAUCAGCAGGAAGCAGUGAAGAGGACAAAGAUGAAGACAUUGAUGUGAUUGGAGGCUCCAGUCCGGUCCCUGCUCCCAUCAUCAUCAGCUGGUCAGGAGGCGAGGAAGAGGAGGCAGAUGAGGAUGUGGAUGUUGUUGGAGAAAAGAUGGACUACGCUCCAUCGAAACUCUUCACUUCUCUGAAAAACGGUGAGCUUGAAAAUGUAGGACUGAGAUAAAACAUUUUAUUUACCACUUGUCUUAAAGUUAAGCAGUUUGUUUUAAGGUCAUUUGUUUUAUUUAGCUUAAAGUCGACAUAUGUAGCUUCAAUAAAUGUUUUUAUUGCAAUCACCUCUAUGACGGCCAUCCCUGUCAUUGAAAAUAAGAGCUGUGAGCGACACGUUGUUUUGGACUGAAGAAAACAACUUGCAGAAGUGACAGUGGAAAAAAAUCAGAGACUAAAUUAAACAGCUCUGUGCAGCUCUGCACAGCUAUUUGGUUUUAGCUCAAGUUUACUUUUAACCAUUUUCAAACUGCUGGAAGUUGACUGGCAUUGUUCAUUUUUGUACUUUUAGAUGUUUGAAUUUUACGUAAAGACCACAGAAGUUGAUCCAGUAAAAGUUCAGUACACUGUGGUUAUUACUUUGAUAUUUUCAGAAAAGAUUGUAUAAAAUGUGAAAGCUUGAAGACAACACAUAACUGAACAGUUGAGAAAGAAGCUCUUUGCAGAAAACAAUCAGGUUUAUGUGCCGUGAUGGGAAUCAGGAGUGUUUAGUUGGAAUAUGACUAUGACUGUAUUAGUUGUAAGUAUGAGACAUAAUGUCAGCCUACGUUCUGCCGAAGUUGAUCAGUGUUCCAGGAAACUUGUCUUCCGUGUUUCAAGUUUGUGUUCAGUAAUGUUCUUGUGGCACUUUCGAGACUAAGUUCUGAAGU